CUUGUUGCUCGGACUCUGCUGAUGCACUUCAGACUACAGCACAACACUUUUACGUUUUACACGUUACAGUGACUGGGUAAACACUGGACAUUAUUCAGACGUUUGUUAUUGCUGCGCUGUGAUUGGUCAGAGCCGACCAGCACCCACCCCUCGUACUGACCACUCCCCGUCCGCGAUUCCCCCAUGUGACUCCCUUCUCGUUUAGCUCUUGCAAAGUUAAAAACAGACUUUGUUUUUCUACCAGACUGUUAGCUGAAAUGUCCUCCGUGUAGUUCACUUCAUCCAGUGUCAAACCUACUUCCGUUCUUUCACUCUUCCCGACCGUAGAUACUGUGACGAGCUAAAUAGCUUCUUUACCCCCGUUCACUCAUCAGUAUUUUUUUUUUUAAAUCUCUUUGUUGUGUUUCAUUUCCCCCCUCUUGCAGACCGUGCAGUGCAAAAACGAUCAGAAUUCCUCCUGCAACCGCCCCGUCUGAUCUCGGCACUAUUUGUCAUAAAGGAUUUUUGUAGGACUUGUAGGCUCUGCGCUUUUUCUCUGAAGGAUUUCUUCCAGCCGAGUGCAGCGCGAGCGAAACGUGAGGAUCUUAAACGAGCACUUGAGAGAGCGCCAUGGCGACCGAAGUGGAUACGUGGCCCACAGCACCUAAAGCCGACGGAAUGCUCUUGUACGACGACGGCCAGGCCGAGGCCGUACGUCCCGGCAGUGACGACGACGACGCGUUGAACGAAGCCGAGAUGAACGGUAACUGGACGCCGCAGGAAAAGGCCCUGCACGAGGCCAGGAUCAAAGCCAAAGCCAAGCGUCGUCAGCGCAAGUCGUCUUCCCGCAACUCGACCAGCGACUCCAUCUCCGAGUCGGGAGAUUUGGCGGGAGGUGACCCGCACAGUCCCAAAGGCAAAGUCCUCACCAACGACCGCAAAUCUAGAAUGGGCAAGGGCCGAGGCCUGCCCAAAAAAGGUGGUGCAGGGGGUAAAGGAGUUUGGGGUGCUGCUGGGAUGGUUUAUGAAGAUGAGGAACCUGAUGCCCGGGACCCCAACUAUGAUGAAGUUGCUCAGGGCGACACAGUUUAUGCGACGGUGGUGCCGGAGGUGGACGAAAAGGAACUGGAGAAAAUGGUCAACCCUAUUGUGCAGGAAUACUUCGAACAUGGAGACACCAAAGAAGUCCGGUUACUGCUGAAGGGGCUCAACCUGGGGCUACACAAGUAUGAGUUCUCCUCUCUGGCUGUGUCACUGGCCCUGGAAGGUAAAGCCAGCCACAGAGAGCUCACCUCUCGCCUACUGUCCGAUCUGACGGGCAAAGUGCUGUCAGAGAAGGACAUGGCCCGGGCUUUUGACAAGAUGCUGAAGGAGCUUCCAGAUCUUAUUCUGGACACGCCUGAAGCUCCACAGAUGCUGGGCCAGUUCAUCGCCAGAGCCAUAGCAGACCACGUCCUGCCCAUGAAUUUCCUGGACUGUUACAAGGGCAAAGUGAACUGCGAUCACGCCAGAGUGGCUUUAGACCGGGCCGCAGUGCUGCUGACGAUGAAGAGAGAGAUGAUCCGUUUAGAUAACGUGUGGGGCGUCGGUGGAGGCCUCCGACCUGUCAAACAUCUUGUUAAAGAGAUGAACCUCCUCCUCAAAGAGUAUCUGAUAUCAGGAGACGUGUCAGAGGCCGAGCACUGUCUGCGAGACCUGGAGGUGCCGCACUUCCACCACGAGCUGGUCUAUGAGGCUGUAGUGAUGGUGCUGGAGAGCAAAGGUGACACCGCCAGUCAUAUGAUGAUAAAGCUGUUGCAGUCCUUCUGGAAGACAGGCCUGAUCACAGUGGAUCAAAUGAACAGAGGUUUCCAGCGCAUCUACGAUGAGCUGCCUGAGAUCAGCCUGGACGUACCACAUGCCCAGUCCAUCAUGGAGACCUUUGUGGACCUCUGCUACGAGGAGUCAGUCAUCACCAAACAGCUGAGGGAUGCCUGUCCCUCCAGAGGACGGAAGCGUUUUGUCAGUGAAGGAGAUGGAGGAGUGAUCAAGAACUGAGAGAGAUGUUCAAGUCCUUGAAUCCUGUUUCUGCUCCGGCAUGUUUUUCUAAAAAUAAGCAUGGAGGCAGAGUAAAGUUCCCUUAUACCUUUCCUGAUGAUGUUUGUAUCACACAAACCAGCGUUGACGUUCGGUGAAAGUACAUUGACCAGUGCCCUGGACACGUAAAGUUCAUCUUGUUAAUUGCUGUUUUUUUUUUUUUUUUUUGAAAAAAAAAAUUCUAAAAUACUCUUUAUUUCAGGGGUAGAUGCGCCCCCUGCUGCCUUAGUCUUUGCACCAGUUGGUCAAGGAAAUUGCAAUGCAGAUAUGCAGAAAACACACAACUGAAGAGUGUGGGUUUUGUGGGAAAUUACUUUGGGUGGAUGGUCUCUUGCUUUGUCUUACCUGUUGCUGUUUUUUGUGUCAUAUGAACCAUAAAUAAAAACAAAGAGGCACUUAAAUAAUGUUGCAUUUGGUACAGUCAGUGAGCACUUAUUGAUUCAGCUCAACAAGACUGAACAUAUUUUCCUUUUUUUCCAGGAACUUAUGCUUUAUACUUUUUAUUUUACGUUGAUUAAUUCUUAACAUCAUUUGUUUUGUUUUGUCUCUUAAGGCCAAAUCUUUACUUUGUACAGCACAGCUAUCAAAGCAAGAGAAAUGGGAGAACUGUGGAGGUGUUGUAUUGUAUUAUGGAAGAUACAGUCAGGAAUCCUCCGAGAAAACUGUUAAACUGGGCUUUGUUGUCAACAUUUGGAUUUUUGACAGGUUAACACUAGAAUGAAAAGGCAGGCUCUGGAGGGAAUAACUCAUCGGGAAAUAUUUUUCACGGAAUUUAUUGGUGUGUGAAAAGGUAACCCUUUUUCCCCCCACUGCUGUCUGUUAGUUUUACCUGUUUACCAAAGUAAAUGAUGUGGAUAAAAUAUAUUUCAUUCAUUAAAAAAAGCAAAAAAAA